CUUUGUUGUUGCAGAAUAUCUGCAGAGCUGAGCAGCUGAGUAACGAGAAGCUACACGUAGAAAUACAGUCGGCUCGGAUUGACUGGGAAGCCUUUGUCCUCCAAUCUCAGCAAAAAAUAAAUUCACUGACUUUAACUGGAUUACAACUGAAAGAACAUUUCCACGUUAGCAACAUAUCUUUAACCUGAUCUAUGAUCCCUGAGACUUGAAAGUUACAAGAAGUUGAACACUUGACCACUGGAAAUCAUGCCUGCACUUCCUACAACCAUGAUGGUCCCUGACAUAGACUGCUCCAGCUCACCCCCUUCUCCGAUGGACGCCACCGCCAGACGGUCGUCAUGGGGGAAACUGGUGCAGAAGUUAACCGACUUCAGUGGAGCCGGCAACACCAGCCGUCACAGCAUAGACUCCGACUCAGACAAUGGCAGCAGGACUGACCUCUCAGACUCCGGGUUUGACUUUCCCUCUAUCUCCUCAUCUGACGACUUCGGCAACGUGUUAUACGAUGAUCUCCUCUCAAUGGAGGAGACCCUUCUGAAAGAACUUGUGGACCUAAUUGCCUGUAGUUUAAGGGAAGCCAAAGAUGGUGCCCUGAGAUGUUCCAAACUACUCAUCCCUGAGAAGCUUCUAGAGCACAUAGGCCAAGAGCUUCUCCACCUGGCAGCCAGCGAGCCCUGCGGCCUGAGGGGGGCUCUCAUAGACCUCUGUGUGGAACAGGGGGAGGUGUGCCAGAGUAUGGAACAGAUCGCUGUGGACCCAUACCUCGUCCCUACCUUCCAGCUCACACUGGUGCUGAGGCUCGAUUCUGGAGGACUGUGGCCCAAAAUCCAAGGGCUUUUCUCCACAAAGUCUCCAUCCAGUCCCGUAAAGAGACAGGCGAUUAGACUGAGCACAGGCUUCAGAGUGAUCAAGAAGAAACUGUACAGCUCUGAAGAGUUGCUCAUCGAAGAGUGCUGAAAGAAACCAAAGAGACUUUCUUUAGAUAUUUUUCCAAUAAACCUUGUUGUACCAAGUGUCCUACCUACAACGCUCAUCAGAGCCCUAGUAAUCAACAUUUGGGAUUCUAGUCAAAUGUAUGAUUUUCUAGGACAUUUUCUUAACUGUUAAGAUUACAUUGCUAUGUACAUUUACAUUAUUUGCGGAUUGGUGUCCCAGUGUAGGGGAGCCACAGUAAAUGGUACGGGACUAGUUUAUAAGCGAACACCAAUUGUGCUUAAGAGAAUGGAGCGGGGAGCCCACAGUAAAUGGUACGGGACUGGUUUAUUGUGCUUAAGAGAAUGGAGCUAACUCAAACACUGAAAAUGAAGUUUCUGGCACUUUUGCAAAUUGUAAACCACUAAUAUCCAUUUUAUAAAAGAUGGGUGGUUUGGUUUUCCAUUUUAUUGCUAAAAAUGUUUACCUGUUUCUAUUGAAACCAGACUAUGGCAGCUAGCUGUAUGGUAAUGUAUGGGGCCAUUUUGAAACUAUUGUGGUUAUAUAUAUAUAUAUAUUUUUUCUUCAUGGCAAUUCGUUGUACACCAUGGUAAGGGGACCAGAUUGACAUGUUUGGUCAGAGACCAACGUUACUUACCAGCACUUGCUUCUCCGUCUGUAGCGUCCAUUCUGUGAACCACAGGUCAGUUUACUUGAUUCUUUAUUUCCAGUUUAGACCGGUUUGUCCUCCUGCAUACUCAUCUGUGCAUCAUUUUAUUUGAUAUUCAAAUAUCCACACUGUCUUGAUACUUUUCAUUUAAGGAACUUCAGAUAAUAAAUUAUUUUUUACAAAACUCA